AUGGCGCCGCGACAAGUCUUCCCGUACCAUGAGUGCGGAGUCCUCCGCACGCCGCGGCAGUUGCUGGCAGAGUCGCAGCAGCAGCAGCGGAAGGAGCUCGAGUCGCAACAGCAGGAGCAGCAUCGUCAGGGAGAGCAAUGGGCCGACAUUGAUAAGCCAUCGCCCUUUACCCCGACGUUUGAUGAGUCAGGAAGCAGCGGAGGCGAGGCGGCCUGCGUGCAGCAACCGCACUGCAGCGACCUGCGGGACGCGCUGAACGAUGACGACGACGACGACGACGACGACGAGAGCUUGGACUUGGGGGCGGUCUGGGCGAGCCGCGAGUUCGUGCCCAAGCCCGGGGUGGAGAUUUUCGUCGGGGGCCUCACGCGCAGCACGCGGCGCGACAUGCUGCGGGAUUGGUUUCAGCAUGCCGGGGAAGUGACCGAAGUGCGCAUCGCGCGCGACAAGAGGCGUAGGAGGUGCCGCGGGUACGGCUACGUGCGCUUCGCCACGAGCGAGCAGGCAAACCGGGCCAUCGACACCAUGCACCGCUUCGAGUUCAAGCACGGCAGGUUCCUCGGCGUCUUGCCCUCUGAUGAAAAUCGCACGCUGUUUGUGGGAGGGCUCCAGGAGGAAUGGAGCUGUGCCUACAUAUGCCAGCUUCUCAAAGAAAAAAUGGUGAGAUUGUUGAUUCAGUUGGGCCCCUUUGGGGCUGUCCAGGUACGCCGCGUUCGGAUGUGCACACCGCGCAGUAUCGGCGAGGGCCGGAGGUGGCGCCCGUAG